CCAAGCCCUCCCUAUGCAUCCCUGCUCUUCCUGACCUACACCCCUGACGUGCCGGGGACAAUCAGAGGGGGGUUAGAAUUAGCUUAUAGCACUUAGCCUUCCUGAUUUUCUUAGCUUGCACUCAGAAAGGCUACUGCCUGCACGGCCCUCUCUCUGGAUCGUGUGCGGGGUGAGGAGACUCUACUGCUCGUUUAACUGACUCUCUGUAAGCAACAGGUGUCAUAUUUUUUGUGCUUCCUCGAGGCGGUCCAGGCCCUGACUUGGCUGACUUUUGCUGGAACACUAGCAGGACUAGCCCGGAGACACAGCAAUAGCACUUCACUCUUGAGGGCCAAUUGUGGGUUUUCAGCACUGUUUGACAGAAAUGGAAGUACGGGGUUCCACCAUCACCACCACUGUCCUGGAGUGUAAAGGCAGUGAUGCGAGUGCUUCCUCCAUCCGUGCAUCUAAACGCACCAUGACUGAUGACCUGUACACCACCUUCAGCUCUCCCAUGGCCUGGGUGUUGGUGCUGGCCCUCAUCAUCACCUGGUCUGCCGUAGCCAUCAUUGUAUUUGACCUCCUGGACACCAAGAGCCUGGAAGGACCUCAGCCAGGCCGGGUCAGGAAAGCCUUCAAGGAGGCAGGCGGCCCUAGAGGGGGCAUUCAGCACAUGAGCAAAGACCCUGUGAAGGCAAUGACCGACACCAUGGACGAGACCACCGACUGGAUGAACGCAAUCUUGUCCUUUAUGACAAAUUUGGUAGCACCGGAGGAGGAAGAAGAAGGAGAAUGGCAUUCAGUGAGGAAAAAAGGAGAGUUCCUGCCCCCAAGGAAGAAAGUUGCAGAGUUGCGGGCCAAGGAGAUCAUUGAGAAGGAGGAAGAGGAGAAAAAACAGCAGGAGGAAGAGGAGGAGGAGGAGGAGGAAGAAGAGGAGGAAGAAGAGGUAACUCCUGUGGGGGAGAAGGCUGAGGAGGAGGAAGAAGAGGAGGAUGAAGAAGAGGACAAAGAAGAAGAAGAAGAAGAGGAGGAGGAGGAGGAGGAGGAAGCAGCAGAAGAAUAUGAAGAAGAAGAGGAGGAGGCGGUAAAGGCUGAAACAAAAAAGGAGAAAAAGAAAGCCAAAGAUAAAGAAGAGGAGGAAGAAGAGGAGGAGGAGGAGGAGAAAGAGGAGGCAAAGGCAGAUGAAGAGGAAGAAGAAGAAGAAGAAGAGGAGGAGGAGGAGGAGGCAGAAGCAGAACCAGAGGUAAAUGCUGAAGCAGAAGAAGAGGAGAAGGAGGAGGAGAAGGCUGAUAAAGCCACAGACAUAGAGGAAGAGAAAGAAGAAGAGGAUGAUGAAGCUGCUGAUGAAACAACAAAACAAAAGGCAGCGGAACCUGCUGAUGAAGGUGAGGAUAAGGAGGCGGACAAAGAGGAGGAAGCUGUAGUUACUACUGCAGCAGCUGAUAUUACUGAUAAGGAUGUUACUGACACAGACAAAGAUGCUAAAGAUGCUUCAACAAAAGAUGAAGAACCUGUUCCUGCUGCUGCUGAUGGUGAUAAAGCCGAUGAUGUGAGUGACACUGAUGUCACUCCUGAAGCUCCAGCAGGAGCUGCACCUGUUGAAGAGGUGACACCCCCCGAAGAAGCUAAAGACGACAAAGAUACUGAUGAGAGUGAUGAUACAGAAGAAGCAAUUACCGCUCCAGCAGAAGCUCACGAAAAAGAUAAGGAUGAUAGUAAGGAGGAAGAAGAUGAAGCCGCUGGGGCUGCUGAUGAAAAAGAUGAGAAGGAAGACAUCGAUAAAGGUGAAGCUGCAGGUGAGGAAGACAAAGCUGAGAAAGUAACUGAACCUGCUGCAGCUGAAGACGAAGGAAUGACAGACGAUGACCAAAAACAUCAAGAUGACCAAACUGAAGACAAGGAGGACAAAGAGGCUCUCAAAGAAGAUGCUGAGCUUGAGCAAGGAGCCAAAGAGGAACCAGCUAUAGUUAUCACUGCUGCACUAGACAUGAAAGAACAAGUGAGGGAAGAUAAGGAGAUUGAGAAGGAGGCAGAAAAACCUAAAGCUGAAGAAUCAGGCAAACCAGUUCCUGAAGAGGAGCCAAAACCAAAGGCCAUGAAGGAGGAUGAAGACAAAGAAGAGGAAUCCGAGGUUCUAAUGAAACCAGAAGAGACUGAAAAAGAAGAUGAAGAAAAAGAGUCUUCUACCUGUGUGUGUGCGCUGCCAAAGCAACGUGUAGAGCCUCCUGUACAAGACACAAAGCCAAAGGACGAAAAAGAGGAAGAGGUGAAGAAAGCAGAACCACAGGAAAAAGAGGAGGAAGCAGUGAAGCAACAGGCAGUGGACUCUGAGCUGCCUAAGCAGAAAGCUCCAGAAGAAGUUGAUGUUGUGGCACCGCUACAGGACUUGCCCGCAUGCCGUCCUACGCCAGUGUACUGCCCGGCGCCCCCCGGCUGGUAUGUGCAUCACAUAGUCACAGAUAAUCCACUGCCACCGACGACUCUGAGAGAAUCUCAGGUCGCUGCAAUAGCAACUCAUGCUAUCACUAUUCAGAAGAUGGAUGAUGAGGAAGAGAAACCAAAGGAAACCACAGAAAAGAAAAAGCCACCUGCUCAGAAGAGGAAAGUUAAAGGAACUCCUGUGAAGAAAGUCUUAGCAUCAAAAGAGAAGGCAAAAGCAACUGCCCUGAAGAAAGAAAAACAGUCAACUAAAGACAAGCUCCGACUGGUCCCCCGCAGACGAGAAACACAGAAAGUGGUCAGGCCUACCAAACAAGCCACACCAGUGAAAAGAAGGGUCAGACCAGUGGAGAAAGAGGAGAGGAAAGCAACCAAGCAUGUGAAGCUGACUGCUGAGGAUAAAAAGAAGACUGCUCCUGCAAAGAUCAAACAAGCUGUUAAGGCAAAACCUGCAGCGAAAGAACCUAAAACCGCAACUGUAACAGGUAAAGCCGCAGCAGAAGAGAGAAAAGCUGCCAAGGACGUAGAAGAAAAACCAGCAGAGCCACCUGCACCAGCAAAAACUGAAGAAAAUGUCACAGAGGGGAAGAAGCCAGGAAAGAUCCCAUACUUUCAGUGUGUGUUAGUGGGUGGAAAAGCCAGCCAGUAUCCAUUACGCCCUUUGUCUCCUGCUAUGACUCCUGCUAUUAACCCGGCCAUGAUGAGGGCCAUGAUGGAGCAGAGAGCCAGCGUGCUGGAGCAGAAGGCCAAGGCAGCGGGACAGUAACCCGCCCCAGUGUUCCAAGCUGAGAAAACCUUCCUGAGCUGCUCCUGAGCUGCUGCAACCCAUUUAAAAAUGGUACAUACAAUUGUAUGUGAAAGUUUGAACACCGCUGGUCAAAUAUUUUCACUUAGACUUGAACAUAUUGUAAAAAAAAAAAAAAGAAACAUAACAUUUAAAGUGUUCUGUAAUUUGUGCACAGACAAAAUGUCAUUUUUUCCCCCAAUAUAUUCAGUUCAGCAAAUAAACAGUACUUGUGCAUUGAAUUGUGCAGAAGUGAGUUCUCUUAAGAGAAUAUGUUAAUUUAUCAUUUUUAGUUUACCUUGACCAGAGGUAUCAAAACUAUUUCAUACAACUAUAUUGCAAUGUAUUGUUCGGAUAUUCCAAAUAUAUGUUGUCGAAACAAAUCCUUGGAUCUCAAAAAUGCCAAAUUUAUAGGGAAAGAAAAAAACUCUUAAAUUUUAAUAUAAGUCACAGUAAUGAGAUUUCAUUCAAAGUGUCAUUCAAUAAUUUUGGACCAUUUCUAUUAGUCCAUUCAUUGAUACAUGUUAAGUCAAAAAAUAAAAAAAAGGACAGAAAAGGGCAAAGAAGGUUUUGCUCCAACAGUGGAGAUAUGCCGCAAUACAUUUUCAAUGUAUUACAUUUUUCAAUGGGAAGCCUCCACACAGCUCUUCACUGAAACAGACACCAAAACUAAACACCUCAGACAGACCUCUAGUGUUUUUCUAUUUAUUUAUCCAUGAGUCUAUGGGUUUUAGAGCUAAGAGUCUAUUGCUUUAUGAAUGGCUUUAGCAGUUAACCCAUACUCACUGUUACGGAAACGUGUAUUUGAUGCUGAUCACCAACAAUGCAAUACUUGUGAGAGGAGCACAAACAGUCAGAGCCUACACUCUUAAAAAUACAGGUACCAAAAAGGGUUCUUUAGAGUGAUGCCAGAGAAGAACUAUCUAUGGUUCCCAACCAAGUAACCAUGUUGUUUUAAUGGUUAAAACUCAUUAAGUCUCAAAGUACUUUAAAGAUGAAAGAUGUUGGAAAGUUAAAAGUAAAAUGUUGGAAAGAUAAAAACACUACACUCUAAUGGGGUGGGCAACUUAUAUACUCAUAUUAUAACAAUAUGCAUAAGUGUCAUGAUAAAUAUGCCACUGUUUUUUUCUCAGCAAAUUGUGAAAAUCAUCAGUACUUAAAGAGAAAAUCGUUUUAUUAAAAAUUUAAAAUAGCAUAAUUUGUCCUGUUCAAUGGGAUUUAAUGCAGCACACUAUGCGAGAAGUUGGAUAAAAAUGAUUGUACUCAUAGUUUUUGAUAGUUUUUUAAUAUUACUUUUUAAACAUGGCACUGGAGGAGCAUUCUGUCUAUUCUGACUUAUUAAACCUCAGAAAAAGUAAAUAUUGCAAUAUUUAUCGUUCAUCAUGCAAAUAUUUUUUCUUUAGUUCUGCUAUACCGCCCACCAAUGGCUAACAGGAGAAAAUAAGCCAUAAAUAAAUAAUUCAAUAAAUAUAGCUGUAUAAGAAAAUGAACUUCCAGCAACUGAGCUGUAAAAGAUCUGAGUAUUCACUGAAUUUGUGCACCACAUUCACUGAGAUGUCCAAGCCAAGAACCCUUUAGGAACCUUUAUUUGUAAGAGUGUACUAGAAAUAUGGGAAUUGUAGAUUUAUAGAACAUGUGAGUUUGCAGCUUUGUUUGAAUCUAAAAUGUAUAUGUUUGAAUGUACUAUUUAGCUUAGUUUAUAAGAAUGUACAGUUUGCAAAAAAUCUGUUUACAUUUGGAAAGUUUUCUUCUUGUUUCUGCUAAAUUAUUUCGAGAGAUUUAAACGGAGAAAACACAGUGUCUGGUUUAAAUAUUUAUUUAUUUAUUUGACAUUUAAUUUAUGAGGCUUUGAAGUAACAGUAGUAAAUGUGUGUUUUGGCUAUUUUCCAAAAAUUCUAGCCACGUGCACAUGAGAGGCCUUAUCUGCAGGCAUAGGCCAUUUCCUUUGACUCACUGUAAUAAGAUUAUGUAAAGAGCGUCCGUGUUUGGUCACUAAUAUGCCUUUAUCACCAUCUGAUCUGUGCUUUGAGUGCACUCGUGGUCUAUGGCAGGUGGCCUUCUUCUAAAAUACGUUUGUUACAGAAAGCUUAUCUAUCUUAAAACAAUAUAAACAUUUUUAUUCUGAUACACUUGAAACCACAGAGCUUAACUGAAAGAAAAUUAGUCACACCCUUAAUUUAAUGCCCUAAUCUGUUGCUGUGAAUGUUGAGUGUUUGCUAAUGCCAAUCGUUGAUAAGACAGAAGUAAAGUAGUAUUUAACCACUGAAUGCUCUCGCAGAUGGAACCUCUCAUAGAAUUUGCAUUGUGGACAAUGUCAGUUCAGGAUAAUGAGAAGUGUGGUGGAGUUUUGACUUUUCUUUGACUUUUUUACUAUGACCAAUACAUAUUUCACUACAAAAAGGAUAUACUGGCAAGAGAAAGCAUCUUCAAUGUAGAGAAUCUCCCUAAUAUCACCUUAAUAUCAUGAUGAUGUUGAAAGUGUUUUUGUUAACACUUUAGUUGAGCCCUGAUACAGAACACUGACAUAGCCAUGCCGUAAAUGUGUCAAUAGUUGUCAUGACAGAUUUUGAUCAGUGAUGUAACAGUGUCAUGUUACUAUUAUGUUUCCAUAAUGUUUGAUGUCACGACACUUACCAGCAUGACACUGUCAUACUACUGGAUGUAAUCUGGAAUAUAAUGAUUAUGUCAGUGUUAUACAGCAGGGUUGAAGUAAAGUGAUUUUUCAGUCCAGUUCAAGAAAUUUUAACUAAUCUUAUUUUAGUGUCCAAUGCAUUUAGUUUCAUAAAAUAUCAUACAGGGGAAUUCCACUGAUUUUUCAAAAUGUCUUGACUAGUAGUUGAGAUUACAACAAAGCUGAGUAAACAAAGCCAUUCAGGGUGUAUUAAUAUGAGAUGGUUCAUUGUAAAUAAAGCUUUUGAUUUCUUUACAGUGGUGGUGAUAGGAACCAGGGCUCACAAUGUCUACUAGACAGCCAUUUUAUUUACUAUCAAAAACCUCCAGUGAACCUACACUUGUCAGAGUUUUUAUAUGGAAUGUUAAUAAUGAUAAAAUAGUACAAAAUCUGUCUUAGAAUUUACCCUAAUUUCUUGAUACUAGCCAUGCUAGAAGGAUGAAAGGUAUUGCAUGCAUCCUUCAAGUUCACUGAAGCCAACCAUCUUUUCAGACUUCACUAGGUAGCUUCACCUGCCUGUUCUAUUACCUCAACUAACAGACGCUUUCAUUGGCUAGCAUCAUAUCAUGCUGAGUGAUAGGAGAGAGAGAAGACCAUCCUACCCACCCAGAGAGAGUGAGGCCAAUUGUGCACUCUUGGACUCCCUUAGAAGGCUGUAGUAUCACUGGGGAUCUCCUGAUGAUGUGGCCAAAAAGUAGGUGGUCAUGUCUCAGGUAUCAGGCACUGUAUUCAUAUCCAUUUUAUGUCAUAACCUUCUGUGAGGGAGCUUUUAGAGGCAUUGAAUAUGUCAGUUGUUUGGUUCCUAUCACCACCAGUAUGAACAGUUCUGACUGGAGCAUUUUACAUCAAACCACUCUGAAUGACUUCGUUGAUGAUAUGAUCAUGCAGGAAUUUGGAUGAAUUCACCUUUAAGAGUCACAUAAUAGGUUGGAUAAUCCUAUAAUGAGAACAUUCUCAUAUAUGUUUCACAUUCAAGGUGCUUUUUCCUGCCAAUAUAUCGUUUUUGCAGUGUUGAAGGUGAUGGUGUGGUGUUGCUGUAUUGUUUGCUCACUGACGCCAGCACUAUCAUGCUCCUGGAGCGUUUCCCAGCCUGAGGUAAAUGCUCCGGGCCUUUAACUUGAUUUUCUUCAUUGUCUUAUUCAAGCAUCGAUUUGUGUAAGAUAUAAAUCUUUCAUUUCUGUGUAUGAACGGUCACUGGGCCUAAAAUAUGCACAUAAUGGCAUUAGUCUUUGCAGAGACAGUAAGCCGCAUGGGCAGAUGAGGAAAGAGCAGAAAGCACUGCUUUGCAUGCUAAGUAUAUGACUUCUUAUGCUUACAGAGAGAAUGUGCAGUGUAUUUUCUGUACAGUUGUACUGCCAUAUGGUUGAGUUUUUGAUCAUGACAGACACAGUCAGCUGUAACAGCACGACUGAGUGGAGAGAAGUAGGCCACAGGAAUAAUCUCACUUUGAAGUUACUGGGUGCUGUUUUGCUGCUCAUGAAUGUUGAGGCUUUCUGUUCGGCAGUUAGUAUUCCAGUUACAGUGCUCUGAAUGAACAGCAACACUGGUGAGAGAACUGGAAUAUGUUUCAGAUGAUUUUUUUUGUUUGUUUGUUUGUUUUGAAGGAAUACCAUUGGUAACAGCUGUGUGCAAAUGUCCAGUGCUGGGCAAAAGUCAGAGACUACCCUUCAUUGAUUGAAUUUCCUGUCAAAACUGACAAUAAUUAAUUAAUUAUUCAUUUGUCACAAUCAGGGAAAAAGCUUUGAACACAUUUAACCCUUGUGUGGUUUUCAUGUUUGGUUCCUCUGUGGUCUGGUGGUCCGCAUUAUUGUUUUUUUUAAAUCAAUACAACCAUAACAAUUUAUGUAAAAAAACAGAUCACAAGUGUAGUGUAUCACAAGUAAGUGUAGGGUCCUCCUUUAGCAGCUGUAGCCAGUCAGCACAUGUUGUCCACACUAAUACACUCACACAAACACACACACACACACACACACACACACACACACACUAACAGCAGACCAUGUAUUUUAAAAACAGAGUGAAGGGACACAGUAUCGCCAUACUUUUCUUCCCUGCAGGUUCACCCCAACACUACUAUACAGUGUGAAGUUAUUGAAAAUGUGUUUUUUAUAUGUUCUUCACAGAAACUGAACAAAGGCCAAGGAAUCUGAGGUUGAAAUAAUACUAAAUUGCAAAAUAAUCUCUGACUUUUGCACAGUACUAUAUACUUCACAGAUGACAGUUUGAUCCAAAUGUAAUGUUUGUGUGCUGAAAAUGCAUUUAAUUACUUGAUUCAGAGAUAUUACAACAUAAUUUUGUAAGUAAGUGAACUGAAAAACAACUGUGUGUUGAUAUUAUUCAUGUGUAAAUUAUGUACACAUUUCAAUCACUUCAGUAUGAGAUUGUGUGGUAAUUAUACAUAAAUCAAAGUGAUAAUCGAUGUAGUUCGUAAUAAAAUACCUUUCAAUGGUUUAAUUCAGGACACACACCGUUUCAGUUUAGUAUAACGUGAGGGACAUUGUUUGUGUUGACCUUCUCCAACUGUUUGAUUUUUUUUCUUUGCAUGAGCAUUCUGUUCUGUUGUAGAUAUUUCUGUUAUAUGGCAUGUUGUCACAUACUUUUGUCAAUAAAGUGGAAAAAUGCACCCCUCCCAAAUUAAAACUGGGUUAUAUUAGCUUA